AUGAGUAAUUACCAUCACCUAUUUGUCACCAUCGCUCUGGUCGCUCUGCUCGCUGGUAAAUCACUUGCAACUACGUGCUAUCCUGGGCCUAUCGCUCACAGAGCUGUUCGCAAGGAGGAAUGUAUGAGAGCCAUCUCUCAAAUUGUCUACGACGCCGACGCCCACCAAACCCUCAACCCACUGUCCAAGCAGGUAGAUUACACCUACGGAGAAUGCAAUAUAUCUAUCAUAAAUACUUCGGGUAUUCCGAUAAGCAAGGCCCAAGUCAAACAGCGUUUCAGCAAAAUCCUUGACCAAUGUCCCAACACCGGUGGAUUUGAUUUCGAUCAAACCUAUUUCCAUGUCGGCAUGCGUUCACUCGACAGGUACAAGUCUUGGGACUCCGACUUUCCGGCCCGGUUGCCAACCUGUGCAGUCGCUGACCGCGCAGCAAAAUUAUCACCAGAUGAUUGCAUCAAGGCGUUCUCCGACAUCCCCACUGACGCUCAUGGACGGCUCUUAGAUCAAGAUAACCGCCGGACCCACUCUGUUGAAUUAACCAGCAAAACAUGCACGCUCGCCGUAUACACAAUUGAUUUCUCCAAACUUGAUGUGACGAAGGCGCAACUUGAAAACGACUUCCUGAAGACCCUUGACCUCUGUGAUAAAAAGUGCGGUGUGAUCCGGAUCGAAGGAGGAGCUGAAGGGCCUAAUGGCAGAGUAUAUCUUAGCUUUAGACAUGCUACCGCUGAUAAGAGCUGCACCAUUAGAUUCUCACCACUUCUGAAUUAG